GCGCCUCCAAGUUGCAAUUCUUUUCCUAUUAAGCCUAAAUCUCGACUACCAUCUCAUUAGUUGCUUUUCUUCCUACUAACUGACUUUCGAAUCCAUUGCUGCACCACGGAACUCAGUACGUAAUGGCUACCUCUGACGAGGCUGUGAAGGAGAAGGUGCAAUUCUACUGCAGUAUGAAAUUGCUAACUCUCUAUGAAGGAACUGUUCGAGGGGAAGGUGGAAAAGGGAGCUUCCUCUACUAUGAAGAGAACCUUGCGAAGAUGUUGCUGACCGAAAAAGUCGGCCAACAACCGACUCUCUAUCCUUCCCGCCUGGAUUGGUCCUAUUGGGACGAGGAAAAGACUGAAUGCCCUGUUCUAGGGGAUGAGGAAUUGAUUAAAGCUUGGGCUAAGACUAUUAGACUGCACCCCGACUUCAGCGAGACUGACUUUGGGACUUGGGAAGGUUACUGUGGCGAUCUCUGGGGCCUCCAGUAUAAGCUUUAG